GUGAUCUGCGGUGGCAGUCUCCUUACGCCCUCCUGGAUCCUGACUGCAGCACACUGUCUGAAGCCCAUCGUCAGAUCAAACCCCGUUCCGCUCGGACGACCCUUCAGUCUGCAGGAGGUGGGCAAUGGGUACACCUUGGUGGCUCGUGUGGGCUCUUCUCCCCCACCUGAGGACUCAACAGAAAUGACCAAAGAAUACGAGGUGGAAUCUGUAGUCAUUCAUCCGGACUGGCGACCACGAUCCCUCGACAGUGGUUACGAUAUUGCUCUUCUCAAACUGGUCAUUCCAGUAUCACCCGAUAUUGUCGGCGUGGAGACAAUCUGUCUCGCGGAUGCCAAUGUUACCCUCAAUGCCUCCAGCGAGUGCUACGUAGUCGGACAGAAAACCCGCGUAGUGCCCCGUCCCUUCAGGUUCCUCGAUGAUUUCUUCCUAUUCGGUUCCCCAUUCUUUCCUUUCCAUCACCGCCGACGUUCAGAGGGUCAUCACGGGGGCAGCAGCAGCGAUGAAGAAGAAGACGUAGAAGACCAACAGCGAGCGGGUCUUCAGGAGGUCCGUCUGACACCUUCGGCACUGAAAAAAUGCGUCCGCUGUUCUCCCGCCCUCAGUAAAGAACUGCAUAUCUGUGCUGGUAAACGCAACAAGGCCACAUGUCCGGGCGAUAACGGAGGCGGACUGUACUGCCGUGACAGCAAAACUGAUCGCUGGUCUGUCCACGGAGUGCUGGGCGAGUACUCUAGUAGACGAUGCUCACGCACCUACAGUCUCUUCAGCUCAGUUGGCAGCGUUUUCAACUGGAUCCACAAACAAAUCCAGUGA